AUGGAAUGCCCAGACUGUAGUUCGGGGCCUUUCUACGUGUAUUCUGGUCUAGAAUCGCAUAGAGGUAGUGCGGCUUGCAGAAUAGCUGCUGCAUCCAGAGGCGCAGAGGCGUCAGAUUCCCCACCAAUCCAACCCCCCGCUCAACGUCGGCGCGUGUGGAGUCCUUCCAGCAGUGAAAACGUAUUCGUACCACCUACGUUUGAUGAGCCAGCCGAUGAGGAUGGUGUCGAUGCGGCAGCCGCUCGUGCCGCCGUUGAUCCGGAGGCAUUCAUGGCACGCAUGAGUGACUCGAGUGGGAUCGACGAACACUCUUUCUCUCUCCCUGCUAGUCAUUCUGCCAAGCCCGCCUCUCCCGACCUCUCCCUCAGCGUCAUAUUUUUUUCCAGCACACCACCUCUCUCCCUGCUCCCCAUUCUGCCAUGCCCGCCUUUCCCCGCCCCUCCCUGGCCGUCCUUAAUUUUUCCAGCACACCCACUAUGUCCCUGCUCCCCAUUCUGCUAUACCACAAUCUCCCUGCCAUUCCUUCUCUCCCAUGCGCUUCCCUCACGCGCCUUGCCCCGCAUUCUGGUUUUCCAGUCCCACUCUACCUCUCCCUGCCAUUCCUUCUCUCCCAUGCGCUUCCCUCUCGCGCCUUGCCCCGCAUUCUGGUUUUCCAGUCCCACUCUACCUCUCCCUGCCAUUCCGUCUCUCCCCUGCGCUUCCCUCACGCGCCUUGCCCCGCAUUCUGGUUUUCCAGCACCACUCUACCUCUCCCUGCCAUUCCUUCUCUCCCAUGCGCUUCCCUCUCGCGCCUUGCCCCGCAUUCUGGUUUUCCAGUCCCACUCUACCUCUCCCUGCCAUUCCGUCUCUCCCCUGUGCUUCCCUCACGCGCCUUGCCCCGCAUUCUGGUUUUCCAGUCCCACUCUACCUCUCCCUGCCAUUCCUUCUCUCCCCUGCGCUUCCCUCUCACGCCUUGCCCCGCAUUCUGGUUUUCCAGUCCCACUCUACCUCUCCCUGCCAUUCCGUCUCUCCCCUGCGCUUCCCUCACGCGCCUUGCCCAGCAUUCUGGUUUUCCAGUCCCACUCUACCUCUCCCUGCCAUUCCUUCUCUCCCCUGCGUUUCCCUCUCACGCCUUGCCCCGCAUUCUGGUUUUCCAGUCCCACUCUACCUCUCCCUGCCAUUCCGUCUCUCCCCUGUGCUUCCCUCACGCGCCUUGCCCCGCAUUCUGGUUUUCCAGUCCCACUCUACCUCUCCCUGCCAUCCCUUCUCUCCCCUGCGCUUCCCUCACGCGCCUUGCCCCGCAUUCUGGUUUUCCAGUCCCACUCUACCUCUCCCUGCCAUUUCUUCUCUCCCCUGCGUUUCCCUCUCACGCCUUGCCCCGCAUUCUGGUUUUCCAGUCCCACUCUACCUCUCCCUGCCAUUCCGUCUCUCCCCUGCGCUUCCCUCACGCGCCUUGCCCCGCAUUCUGGUUUUCUAGUCCCACUCUACCUCUCCCUGCCAUUCCUUCUCUCCCCUGCGUUUCCCUCUCACGCCUUGCCCCGCAUUCUGGUUUUCCAGUCCCACUCUACCUCUCCCUGCCAUUCCUUCUCUCCCCUGCGCUUCCCUCACGCGCCUUGCCCCGCAUUCUUGUUUUCCAGUCCCACUCUACCUCUCCCUGCCAUUCCUUCUCUCCCCUGCGCUUCCCUCAUGCGCCUUGCCCCGCAUUCUGGUUUUCCAGUCCCACUCUACCUCUCCCUGCCAUUCCUUCUCUCCCCUGCGCUUCCCUCUCGCGCCUUGCCCCGCAUUCUGGUUUUCCAGUCCCACUCUACCUCUCCCUGCCAUUCCUUCUCUCCCAUGCGCUUCCCUCUCGCGCCUUGCCCCGCAUUCUGGUUUUCCAGUCCCACUCUACCUCUCCCUGCCAUUCCUUCUCUCCCAUGCGCUUCCCUCUCGCGCCUUGCCCCGCAUUCUGGUUUUCUAGUCCCACUCUACCUCUCCCUGCCAUUCCUUCUCUCCCCUGCGCUUCCCUCUCGCGCCUUGCCCCGCAUUCUGGUUUUCCAGUCCCACUCUACCUCUCCCUGCCAUUCCUUCUCUCCCCUGCGUUUCCCUCUCACGCCUUGCCCCGCAUUCUGGUUUUCCAGUCCCACUCUACCUCUCCCUGCCAUUCCGUCUCUUCCCUGCGCUUCCCUCACGCGCCUUGCCCCGCAUUCUGGUUUUCCAGUCCCACUCUACCUCUCCCUGCCAUUCCUUCUCUCCCCUGCGCUUCCCUCUCACGCCUUGCCCCUCAUUCUGGUUUUUCAGUCCCACUCUACCUCUCCCUGCCAUUCCUUCUCUCCCAUGCGCUUCCCUCUCGCGCCUUGCCCCGCAUUCUGGUUUUCCAGUCCCACUCUACCUCUCCCUGCCAUUCCUUCUCUCCCCUGCGCUUCCCUCACGCGCCUUGCCCCGCAUUCCUGUUUUCCAGUCCCACUCUACCUCUCCCUGCCAUUCCUUCUCUCCCCUGCGCUUCCCUCAUGCGCCUUGCCCCGCAUUCUGGUUUUCCAGUCCCACUCUACCUCUCCCUGCCAUUCCUUCUCUCCCCUGCGCUUCCCUCUCGCGCCUUGCCCCGCAUUCUGGUUUUCCAGUCCCACUCUACCUCUCCCUGCCAUUCCUUCUCUCCCAUGCGCUUCCCUCUCGCGCCUUGCCCCGCAUUCUGGUUUUCCAGUCCCACUCUACCUCUCCCUGCCAUUCCUUCUCUCCCAUGCGCUUCCCUCUCGCGCCUUGCCCCGCAUUCUUGUUUUCCAGUCCCACUCUACCUCUCCCUGCCAUUCCUUCUCUCCCCUGCGCUUCCCUCAUGCGCCUUGCCCCGCAUUCUGGUUUUCCAGUCCCACUCUACCUCUCCCUGCCAUUCCUUCUCUCCCCUGCGCUUCCCUCUCGCGCCUUGCCCCGCAUUCUGGUUUUCCAGUCCCACUCUACCUCUCCCUGCCAUUCCUUCUCUCCCAUGCGCUUCCCUCUCGCGCCUUGCCCCGCAUUCUGGUUUUCCAGUCCCACUCUACCUCUCCCUGCCAUUCCUUCUCUCCCAUGCGCUUCCCUCUCGCGCCUUGCCCCGCAUUCUGGUUUUCUAGUCCCACUCUACCUCUCCCUGCCAUUCCUUCUCUCCCCUGCGCUUCCCUCUCGCGCCUUGCCCCGCAUUCUGGUUUUCCAGUCCCACUCUACCUCUCCCUGCCAUUCCUUCUCUCCCCUGCGUUUCCCUCUCACGCCUUGCCCCGCAUUCUGGUUUUCCAGUCCCACUCUACCUCUCCCUGCCAUUCCGUCUCUUCCCUGCGCUUCCCUCACGCGCCUUGCCCCGCAUUCUGGUUUUCCAGUCCCACUCUACCUCUCCCUGCCAUUCCGUCUCUCCCCUGCGCUUCCCUCUCACGCCUUGCCCCUCAUUCUGGUUUUUCAGUCCCACUCUACCUCUCCCUGCCAUUCCUUCUCUCCCAUGCGCUUCCCUCUCGCGCCUUGCCCCGCAUUCUGGUUUUCCAGUCCCACUCUACCUCUCCCUGCCAUUCCUUCUCUCCCCUGCGCUUCCCUCUGGCGCCUUGCCCCGCAUUCUGGUUUUCCAGUCCCACUCUACCUCUCCCUGCCAUUCCUUCUCUCCCCUGCGUUUCCCUCUCACGCCUUGCCCCGCAUUCUGGUUUUCCAGUCCCACUCUACCUCUCCCUGCCAUUCCGUCUCUUCCCUGCGCUUCCCUCACGCGCCUUGCCCCGCAUUCUGGUUUUCCAGUCCCACUCUACCUCUCCCUGCCAUUCCUUCUCUCCCCUGCGCUUCCCUCUCACGCCUUGCCCCUCAUUCUGGUUUUUCAGUCCCACUCUACCUCUCCCUGCCAUUCCUUCUCUCCCAUGCGCUUCCCUCUCGCGCCUUGCCCCGCAUUCUGGUUUUCCAGUCCCACUCUACCUCUCCCUGCCAUUCCUUCUCUCCCCUGCGCUUCCCUCUCACGCCUUGCCCCUCAUUCUGGUUUUUCAGUCCCACUCUACCUCUCCCUGCCAUUCCUUCUCUCCCAUGCGCUUCCCUCUCGCGCCUUGCCCCGCAUUCUGGUUUUCCAGUCCCACUCUACCUCUCCCUGCCAUUCCUUCUCUCCCAUGCGCUUCCCUCUCGCGCCUUGCCCCGCAUUCUGUCCCACUCUACCUCUCCCUGCCAUUCCGUCUCUCCCCUGUGCUUCCCUCACGCGCCUUGCCCCGCAUUCUGGUUUUCCAGUCCCACUCUACCUCUCCCUGCCAUUCCUUCUCUCCCAUGCGCUUCCCUCUCGCGCCUUGCCCCGCAUUCUGGUUUUCCAGUCCCACUCUACCUCUCCCUGCCAUUCCUUCUCUCCCCUGCGCUUCCCUCUCACGCCUUGCCCCUCAUUCUGGUUUUUCAGUCCCACUCUACCUCUCCCUGCCAUUCCUUCUCUCCCAUGCGCUUCCCUCUCGCGCCUUGCCCCGCAUUCUGGUUUUCCAGUCCCACUCUACCUCUCCCUGCCAUUCCUUCUCUCCCAUGCGCUUCCCUCUCGCGCCUUGCCCCGCAUUCUGGUUUUCCAGUCCCACUCUACCUCUCCCUGCCAUUCCUUCUCUCCCCUGCGCUUCCCUCUCACGCCUUGCCCCUCAUUCUGGUUUUUCAGUCCCACUCUACCUCUCCCUGCCAUUCCUUCUCUCCCAUGCGCUUCCCUCUCGCGCCUUGCCCCGCAUUCUGGUUUUCCAGUCCCACUCUACCUCUCCCUGCCAUUCCUUCUCUCCCAUGCGCUUCCCUCUCGCGCCUUGCCCCGCAUUCUGGUUUUCCAGUCCCACUCUACCUCUCCCUGCCAUUCCUUCUCUCCCCUGCGCUUCUUUCAAUAAUCUGGCCCCACUCUCAGAUCGCCUUGGCAUCGACGACGUCGUUGCCACUCUCAUUCUCUCGUCGGAUGAGACAAUAGCUGACGGCCAAGGAAAAGCUAAGGGGCAUCCCAUCUACAUGUCAUUGGGAAACAUUCAUCAUGAGGAUCGCUGGAAGCCAUAUGGGCAUGCACUCAUUGCAACGUUACCGGAGUUUCCGGCGGAGUACACGUCGGUUGACCGACUGCAGAUCUUCCAGUAUGUCUUGCGCCUCGUUCUUCAACCAUUGAAAGAUGCUUCACACGUGUAA